CGUUUCUCAGCUGAAAUUCAGUACCUUAAUCUGCAUUUCUUCUCUAAAUCAGAACCAUCAGUCUGAGCUUAGACUAUGGGAACGUUAGGGAAAGCAAUCUACUCCGUCGGAUUUUGGAUCCGAGAAACCGGUCAAGCCCUUGAUCGCCUUGGUUGCCGCCUCCAAGGCAAUUAUUACUUUCAAGAACAACUGUCUAGGCAUCGGACUCUCAUGAACAUAUUUGACAAAGCUCCUGUAGUUGAUAAGGAUGCAUUUGUGGCCCCUAGUGCAUCUAUAAUUGGUGAUGUUCAGGUGGGCAGAGGUUCAUCCAUUUGGUAUGGGUGUGUUUUGAGAGGUGAUGUUAACAGCAUCAGCAUCGGCUCUGGAACCAAUAUUCAGGACAAUUCCCUUGUUCAUGUAGCGAAAUCAAAUUUAGCUGGGAAGGUUUUACCAACUAUCAUUGGAGAUAAUGUUACCGUCGGUCACAGUGCUGUCUUACAUGGAUGUACUGUUGAAGAUGAAGCAUUUGUUGGUAUGGGUGCAACCUUACUGGAUGGAGUCUAUGUUGAGAAGCAUGCCAUGGUUGCUGCUGGUGCUCUUGUAAGGCAGAAUACCAAAAUUCCUUGUGGAGAGGUUUGGGGAGGUAAUCCAGCGAGGUUUUUAAGGAAGCUCACAGAAGAAGAGAUGGCCUUCAUCUCCCAGUCAGCCUUAAAUUAUUCCAACUUGGCCCAGGUUCAUGCAGCUGAAAAUGCAAAGAGCUUUGAUGAAAUUGAGUUUGAGAAGGCGCUUCGCAAGAAAUAUGCUCAUCGUGAUGAGGAGUAUGAUUCAAUGCUUGGUGUUGUUCGUGAAACACCUCAAGAGCUUAUCCUUCCUAAUAACAUUAUGCCCGACAAAGUGCCGAAAACGGCUUAAAGGUGAUUAUCCUGGGUAGGUUUCUUCUCUUGAAAUUCAAAGUCACUGGAUAUUUUGUCAAGUGCUGGAUUUAUAGGAAAUGGGUGCUUUUCUAUUCCAAUAAUUUUUGGGAGCAUGCCAAAAUGUCAGAGGUCAAAUCUCGGUGCAUUUCAGGCAUAAAUGGUUGUGCUCAUUCACUUUGGUUUUAGAAACUACAUUUUCCUCUUUUGAAGAGAGUAUUCUAUAAUGGAACGUAUGUUCUGGGUGUUUUGGUCAGCCAAAA